AUGCCUAAUACCAAGAUUAUCCACGUGCCCCAUCUGGGUGGAAUCGACGCCGCAUAUCAGAUGUCCCAGUAUGAUCCAGCCAAGCCAACUGUGGUCCUCGUAAAUGCCUUCACCGCGACAUCUGAAUUAUAUCGACAACAGUUUGAUGAUCCUCAGCUUACCAACAAGGUAAACUUGGUGGCUAUUGAGCUACUUGGACAUGGCCAGACCCGCACAGCGGCGGAGCAGUGGACAUACUGGGAUACGGCAAAAAUGAACCUUCAGGUCAUGGAAGCCUUGGGUAUCGAUAAGGCCUUUGUUUUGGGAACCAGCCAAGGAGGCUGGAUUACUGUUCAAAUGGCGCUGCUAAGUCCAGACAAGAUUGUGGGAAUCAUCCCCUUGGGAACAUCCAUGGACUCCGAAUCGCAUCGCAGUCGAGAGUUAAACUGUUGGGAUGGCGCAUCCAUCGUCUCGAGUUUCGUAGAUCAAUGGACUGCCAGCAAGCCGGUGCCUGACUUCGAGCCGGGUGAUGACUACUGUGAGGCGCUGAUUAAUAUCGGCUUCAAUGAGUGUUCUGCCGAGGUUCGUGACUUCUGGCGUGAAUCGAUCAAAUCAUGCUAUCGGGGCGAAGAGGGUCGCAGGCGUCUUCGGAUGGCUGCGAUAAACUUGGCUGAGCGUGGGCCGAUGCAUCUCCGACUGGCGGAUAUUCGUUGCCCGGUUCUAUGGCUUCAUGGAACCAAAGAUGUGGUUUUCUCCUCGGCAAAUGCCAAGGAAGAGAUCAAGCUUUUCACGAGCUCCCCGGAUGCGAAGCUGGUGACUAUCGAUGGAGGUGCCCAUUUCUUGAACUGUACUCACCCUGCAGAGGUGAACCUUGCAUUGAUGAAGUUUGUGGACAAAUAUCAGUAA